UAACCAAAACAUAAAUUUGUUUACUGUACUUUCUUUUGCGAGAUUAAUCGUGAUUGAUUAUCAUAAUUAGUCCCUAGUCUACUAAGAAUGGCCAAUAAUUGCCCACUUCAAGAAAAAUCAUGAUGAAAAUUGAGUGUUUGAGCGAAAACAACGUUGUAUAAUGGUGAAGUAAAAGAAGCCACUAAAUAAACUACAGACAAAAAAUAAAAACUAUAAUUGUAAAAUAUUAUCGUUCGUUAAUUAUUGAUCCAUAAUUUAACUGAUGCUAAGAUCAUAUUAAAUCACCCGAGGCCGAGGGUAAGGAAACGAAAAGAAACUUUACCCAAAAAUAAGAAGGAAGGAGUGGGAGGGCGUGAAAGAUAUUUUCAAGAAAAAGAUUUUCUAUAAAGAAACUUCGUAUUAUUUGCUGCAACUAAGACGAUUGUUAUUUACCAAAAUAGAAAAUGACAAAGGGCAAGUAGAAAAUAAUUAAUAACAACUUAGGGACCCUCCAAAGCCAAAUAGUCUCAUUUUUCCACUGCAGUUUGUCCCUUAGAACAUGGAGUAAAUUAUGGCACCUUUCCUUACUACUAUAAGCUGUCUACUUCCUCCCUCUCCUUUCCCACUAUCCCUUUUUUCUUCCUUAAUUUGCCACAAACACUUGAAGGUUUGAUUCAAGAUAUGGAAAUAGAGUUGGUAAAGUGCGAUUGUUGUGGACUGAAAGAAGAUUGCACAAAAGACUACAUUAGUGAAGUGAAGGGGAAUUUUGAGGGGAAAUGGCUAUGUGGAUUAUGCUCAGAAGCUGUUAGAUAUGAAGUUAACAGAGGGAAGCAAUUUCUUGGGAUGGAAGAAGCUGUAAAAGCUCAUAUGUCAUUUUGUGGGAAAUAUAAGUCUAAUAAUCCUGCAGUUCAUGUAGCUGAUGGGAUGAGGCAAAUGCUAAGGAGAAGGUCAACAACUUCUCCUAAUUCUAACAAGUAUACAAGAUCAAUAAGUAUCACCUUUUAUUAGUUACACAAGGAAAAAACACAAAAUAAAGAACCUUAACCUCAACUUACAGUUAAAUAUUGCAUAAAUUUAUAUCCUUUUGCACUAUGCAGUAUGAAUUUGGAUUAGUCGAGCCAAUAAAUAUCGGAAAAUCUCAAUUACAUCUUUAUCUUGUACAGAGGAUGUUAUUAAUUUCAGUGGAGGCUACUUCAGAUGGUUUUGUUU